UUUAAUCAUAAAAAUGGAGCAUUACACAUCAUAUUUAGGAUGUGAGAUUUCUAAAGUGCCUUUGUCUGAUAUUGCUCAGAGGAUUAUGUCAGCUUUGCAGUCUAUUCCUGUAGAAGAAGCUCAAACCAGCAGAAAAAAUGACCGGAGUAUAGAGAAGACAAAGAAAAAUAAGCUAGGUGAUAAUGAUGCACAUCUGGAAAAUGAAAAGGCAAGCUCUAAAGCAUACAAAAGUACCACUGCUCAAACAGUCAGGACAGUGCAUGUCAACAAAAUGUUUCAUGGUCGAGAGACCAAAAUAGCAGGCUCUGCGUUGUCACAGUGUGCUUUGAGUGCAUCUGUAAGCUACCAGGAUGUAGGCUUGCCAAAAUGGGUACGUAGGGGAAGAAACUUUUCAGUAGAAGCAAAAAAAGUGAAGGAUGGUGAAAAGAAUGUAGCUACAUCCCUUAAAAGGAAGCAGGAUGCACGUACAUAUUGCGCAGAGAAAUCAAGAAAAUUACUUGUAAAGAGCUCCUUGCCUUCAUAUGAAGGAAGAUAUAACUGGACUUCUGGAAAAGCAGAAUCAUCUGAAAAUUGUCCUUGUGAUAUCAGGAGUUUGGGAUAUGAAGAAAAAAGAGAAUUGCUUGCAACUAUAAAACAGGCAGGGGCAUUCAUAACUACUAUGGUAUUUCAAGAUGGUUCUUCACAGCUCAACUCAGAGCAGGCCUUAACUUCAUCAGUAAAAGGAAUUGUUGUCUUAGUGAAGAGUCAGACAAAGUGCCUUUGCUCUCCCAGUAAUUCUUCACCUGCUUGUACUUGGGAUGCUUCUAAUCAAAAUGAUAAAUUAAUUUAUUUAAAAACUGAAUGGUCAUCUCUUUGGAAGCAAGAAGAGACUCAUAAGAUAUAUGUUGGGCAAAUAUUAUUUCAAAUGCUACAUUGCAAUGUUCCAGUUAUUUGCUUCAAUGCAAAAGAUUUUCUGAGGACACUGCUUGCAGUUUAUGGUAGUGAAAUUAGCUGGAAACAAGUUGCUGACAGUGUCGUGUUAGAUCCAAGAAUUGCAGCAUGGCUGAUAAACCCCAGUGACACAGUUCCCUCUUUUGAAUGUUUAAUCCAGAAGUAUUUUGAAAAGUCUUUUUCCAUGAGAAAAGUAAGUACAAAUAUAGGUUCUCUGAGAAAUGCACUGGAAGUCUUGAUUCUUUUCUUUCAGUAUCAAAACAUAGGUUUACAUUUGGAGAAACUUUACAACGUAAUGAUGGAUCUUGCUCAUGGCUUACAG